CCACCACCAGAGCCUUCCUGCUGCUCCCCUGAGUGCCUGGAGCAUGGUCUGAAGGAGGUGACGUCCCCCCUCUCUGAGGACCCCCCCAGGCUGGUGGCCGAACAGAUGACACCGAUGCAGGUGGGAGAACAGGUCAUGCCGAGGAUCCAGCACCUCCAGGCGGAAUCCAAGGAGACCCACUGUCAACCCCUGCAGCAACUUGGGGCCUGUUUUGGGGACGUGGAACAGCUCAGCGAGGCCAAGUGCCCUCAGGAACCCAGUGCUGAGCCCAGCACUAGUGGCAACACAGAGUCCGGGGCCUGGCUCCAGAGUGGCCCCGACCUCAGCAGUGGGGACACAGCUACCUCAUUCCCUGGACACGUGGCUGACGCCUCAAAGCCAGAUCUCGAGAUAGGCAUGGCCCUUGUCUCCGAAUUCCCCGAUGGCCAGGAGAAGCAGGUUGGGGAGUCGACCUUCCCGUCAUCCCCGGAGUCACCCGGUGUCACCUCAACAUCCAGUGGCACCACCUCCUCCUCGGCCCACCCCGUGCCGAGGGCCCCUCUGAGAACCCAGAUACCCUUUGAAUUCCUGCCAAUUUAUAACAAGAUGGUGGACGACAAAUGCAUCGUGCGAGUCAGAGUGGACAUGGACAACGGAAAUGUUUACAAAAGCAUGAUGAUGAGCCGGGUGGGCAGCUGUGCGUGGGGGCCCCUCACUCGUUCAGACAGUGGAUGUGGAAUAACUGACAUGUUCCCUCCCUGCCCUCCUGGUGCCCACAAGCUAGCGGGUUGGGAGGGACAGAGACACAAGCAGAUCCCGAAGGAGCACAGGCGGGUGCUCAGUGGCAGUCAGGGCUGAGGGUGGUGGAUGUGGGUUUGAGGCUUCACCUUGAGAUUGCACAGCCUGGGACGACCUCAGUGAGGCAGCCCCUGAGGGUGGGGAGAGAGGGGACAGCCUGGAAAUAUCCAGGCUUGAAGCAUGUCUGCCCCAACUUAGGAGCAGUCAGGAGGCCAGAGGUGAAGGAACAGGAGUCAGGGGGCAUG